AUGGACAAGAGACAUCCGAAUAGCUUCCAGCAGCUGGAGAAGUUGGGCGAGGGAACGUAUGCGACGGUCUUCAAAGGCCGAAAUGGCCAAACCGGCGCCUUCGUGGCUCUCAAAGAAAUCCACCUCGACAGCGAAGAAGGCACCCCCUCAACGGCCAUCCGCGAAAUCUCCCUCAUGAAGGAACUUAAACACACCAACAUCGUCAGCCUCUACGAUGUUAUUCACACCGAGAACAAGUUGAUGUUGGUGUUUGAGUACAUGGAUAAGGAUCUCAAAAAGUACAUGGACAGCUACCAAUCACCCACCAACCCAUCCGCGCCCCGAGGAGCCCUGGAUCCAGACGUGAUCAAAAGUUUCAUGUACCAGCUCCUCCUAGGAACAGCUUUCUGUCACGAAAACCGCGUCCUCCACCGAGACUUGAAGCCCCAAAACCUCCUGACCAACACAUCCGGCCAACUAAAACUCGCCGACUUCGGCCUCGCCCGCGCCUUCGGAAUCCCUGUAAACACCUUCAGCAACGAAGUCGUAACCCUCUGGUACCGCGCCCCGGACGUCCUCCUCGGCUCCCGUACCUACAACACCAGCAUCGAUAUCUGGUCCGCCGGCUGCAUCAUGGCGGAAAUGUACACCGGCCGGCCUCUCUUCCCCGGCACGACAAACGAAGACCAACUGCUCAAAAUCUUCCGUCUUAUGGGAACACCGUCCGAGAGGUCCUGGCCAGGGAUUACGUCGUUUCCGGAGUACAAGACUACCUGGCCGGUGUAUGCUACGCAGGAACUACGAGCGAUUUUGCCGCAGGUCGAUGCGUUGGGCAUCCAGUUGCUAAAUUCGAUGUUGCAGGUGAGACCGGAGAUGAGGUGUUCCGCUCAGCAGGCGUUGGCGCAUCCGUGGUUUGCGGAUGUGUAUCCCCAGGCUAGGAAAGGGGAGGCGCUAGGAGGUCAAGGUGGGGGGUUCAAGGGCAUGUAG